UCCUUGUAGAUUUUUUAGAAAUAUAUUUUUAGACGUGAAUCCUUAAAGCGUGGUCCUCAGUUUUUCAUGGCGCCCACUUUCUAAAGGGACUGAUUCACGAUUUUCCCCAAAAUCUUCUUUUUCACUUUUAAUGAUCAAAAUCUACUGUCUAAUGUGUUUAAAAGAUUUCACAUAAAAAUUAAGGUUAUACAUUAUCACAGAAGCUCAUUUUAGAGAGUUCAAUAUUUGUUUUGUAAACAAAGAUUGCAGUAUGUUAUUGUUUACGAAAUUUUUAAAAUAAAUGGAUAUCGAUCUAAAUUUAUUAUAUCUUUCACAUUUCAAGCAUUUUGGGGGUAAAAUGUGUUAUCUAAAAGUAAAAAUUUGUGACUAUGCAAAAUUAAGAUGCUUUAUAUAACAAAUUUAAUAUUUCACGUCUUUCUUUGUAUACAGAAAAAGACUGGAGUCUUUGCUUACAUAACACAGAUUUAAGGCUAAAAUAUUACUUUUAUUCUUGCAUUCAGAAGGUAAAAAUUUUGGCUCUCAACAUUAAAUGAGUUAUAUUUUCAAUGUUUAACAUAAAAAAUGAAAAAUAUUUUUAUCAAAAAUCGUGAACCAGUUCCUUUAAAAGAUUAAUUAUAUGGUGACAAUCUUAUCUUGCUAAUUAGUGUGUUUUCUUUAUAAAUACAAGGAAUAUGUUUCAGCAAUCGCUCACUGCAAUGUGAAGUGGUCAAUGUUGUUCUGAAAUGGCAUACAUCUAAAUGAAUGAUUGAUAUCUGCUAAAUAAAGUAUUGAUAUCUGCAAGGAGAUUCUGUACAAAAAAAUCGAUAACUCUUUGCUUUAUGAAUAAAAAGAAAUUACUUUUUGCAGCUAAUUUUAUCUCGAUCUUACCAAAUAUAUCCUAAUCGAAUUCUAAAUAAUUUGUUUUUAAUAUCAGAAACCCAGUUUGUAAUCCUAUUCACGCAUGGUUCAAAUUCUUGUAACAUUUUUCUCGUAACGUGAUCUCAAAAUACAGUUCCUAAUUUGCAAUGAUUUAAACCAGAAUUUGAAAAUCGGCCAGAAUCAUCUUACAAUGUCUCAUCAGGGACUGUCUUCCUGUUUCUAAAUUCCAUAAAUAUUGUUCGGACUGCUUAUACAACAGUCAAAAAUAUUUUUCACGUCCAAAUUUUCUAAAGAUGUCAUCUACCUGAUCUUUAGACGAAUUGCUGAUCUUUUAGACGUUGGUACAUUUUAACCAUUUAAUAUGUGUACAGCUAGGCCUGCUUAUAACCAUCUUCGCUAGCCAAGGGGGUUUCGGUCCACUCCCGAAAACCCUUGGCUAGCGAAGAUGGCUUAUUACAAACAGACGGGUAAUCACUCUAGUCAAGACUAUCCUUGAUACAUGAACGCCAAGGAUUAUGAUAUUUAUAGUACAGAACUGCUAGUACAGAACGUAAAGACAUCGAUAUAAAAUACAAACAAUCUUAGUUUUCCCUAAUGAGAUAUUAGUCUUGAACACAUCGUGACGUACAAAGGGAAACGACCAGUUUCUCCAAUUACCGUAUAGCGAGGAAUACUACUUUUCAAAUCAAAGAUAUAUUUUUUUAAAAAUUAGUGAAUAAGUCUCAGUAAUAUCAAGAUUUUUAAAACCCUCUUAUCAUGGGUACCUGUAAAAUGCGAAACGAAAUCAAAUCGAAACAACAAAAUCAAAUCGAAACGAAACAGAUUCUGUAACCGAACUAUUUAAUUGUAGUAACUAAAAGGGUAAUAUGGGCGAGCAUCUCAGACUCCUGUGAAAGUUGCCACAUAGAAAUGGCAUUCGCCUCCCUUUCCGAUUGACUGAUCAUGAAACAUUUUUAAUUAAUGAGAAAUCCAAUGAUUUCGGUAGGUUAACAUUUCGUCUCGGUAAGUUUCUUUUAAUUCCUUUGUGGCGUUUCAAUUUCGUUUCGCUUUUGGCAAUGAUUGGUAAACUAUAGGCAAAACGUCGAAAAAGAGACACGAAGACGUUUAGUAAAGCUUUAGCGCUUUCAUUUCAAAUCUCCACACUGACACAGUAUCAAAUUAAAAGCCUGCUUAAAAUCAUUUUUGGUAAGUGAAUAUAUUAUCUACAUCUAAACCACCCUGUAACAUCCCCUUUCUAUCAUUCGUAAUACAAUAAUUAAUUACUCGUUUAUAUAGCCUUUGCUUUGAAAUUCAAGAUUUACAUUUGUAUUUUAUUUUCAGACUAUGUAUGUUUAUUGUCAAUGAAAACUCUCUACAUUCUCUAUUCAAUCAAAUCGAACACGUGCUUAUUCACACCAAAUAUAAUUUUUAUUCUGGGAAAGCUACAGGGUGUGGAAAUACGCCCCUUGUUAUCCAUUGUAUUUAAGUUGAUAUUGUUUGAAUCUAUUGAUGUUCUGUAUCCUAAUAAUUUGGAAACUCUGUGUGCAUCAUAAUCUGAAAAUCUUCAGUAACGGGUUUUAACUUUUCAGGACGUGUUUUUAUUACGGCUGUCAUUUUGUCUGACCGUUGAUGAAUAGUCAGUAGUUAGUGUCAUUACGUUUCAUUUAUUUAAUGGUCGCUUUUCAUCUGAACGGCCCUUAAAUCUUAUUAAUCGAACCAGGGCAUUCUAAAGCGACACCUGUAAGACUUACUCGUGCAAUUACCGACAUGAAACAACGCGUGGCAUUUUUCUCAGGUGUCAAAAAUCCGGUUUUUCCGGAUAUUUCCCUGCUAUCUUGCAGUAUGUGCAUGUUCGUUCAUUGACCGAUGGGUUUACGACCCUGUUUAUGGGCCCGGUCUGUUGUCAUGAGGGGGUGCUGCCUGACAAGUGACCGAUUAGUCGUAUUGAUAUAGGCCUACCCUGCUUUUUAUCAAACUACGUACAAAUACUAUUAGGUACUGCUUUUUUUCUGAAAGUUACUUUUAUCAUUUAAUGAGUACAUAUAUUAGAAUAGAUAACCGUUUGUCAUGUUUACCGGGGAAAACCCCUCAUACUUUGAAUUAAUAAAAAAUAUCUUCCAAGACAUAGUAAUGUAGGGAGUUUACGUGAAUAUGGAACUCUACUUCGUAUGUAUACAUAGUAAAUAAAAUUAAAUCAAACAAAUAGACAAAACUUAACACAAAAAUAUAAAAACAACACGAGAAAAAUCGGGAAAACAAGAGGGGUAAAGGCAAACAAAAGAAAAGAAGGAGAAAAACAAAAACAAAAAAUGCUUAAAUAAUUUUUUUUUAAAAAUAGAUAGAAAAGGGGUAGGUACACCGAUUCAACAGAAAAAUGCCACGCCUACACGAUAUACUUAUACAAUUACGAAUUGCGCAAUUUAGCACACACCUGUUUCAAAAUCUUUUGAUUUCAAAAUUGUAUUUCUGAACAUAUUAAAAAAAAUGUUCAUGGACUUUUGAAGCUAAGAAUCUCAUCAUUUAGAAAUAAAUUCAAUGCUACAUGAACCGGUAGUUACAUUACACUGUAUAGUAAAGGCAUUCUGUUCUGAAUACCAGGGCCGUAAAUUAACUUUCAAUUUGGAGGAGGCAGGAAAUUGGGCGUUAGGCGGGGGUCUGGGGGCCGCCCAGGCCCCCCAGACGCUGAGCACAUUUUGUGCACACUGAACACGUUUCGUGCAAAAUCCUUGAUUCUAGGGCCUUCUAAGAUGUUACUUGACUAACUCAUUCUAAAAGAAAGAUUUGAAAUGCUUUUUAAGGGAGGUAUCAUGUUCUUAGUUAUUGGAAACAACAUAAAUUCUAAUGAACUUUAAAUUCUAAUUUUUUUUGGCUCAAAAGUUGGAGGAGGCAGCUGCCUCCUCCGCCUCCAUGUAAUUUACGGCCCUGAAUACUGAACACAUUGAAAGAAAAAAUGACCACAUGUCUCACAGGUUCAUUAUCUCGUACAAAAUGACCAUGUAUAUGACAUGUUUGAUUACUAGCAUUAUUUCUUAAUUGAUUUGAACGUAUUUUAUUGUAUAUUAUAUAAACAAAAGAAUCAGAAACAAGUUCGUACAACUUACGAGUUUUUUCUCUAAAUAUUCUUAAUUGACAAUACAAGAUAUUUUCUUUGUGUUUACCAUGAUUAAAGAGUUUAUUUGCUACAAGCAAACUUUAGAAAAAAAUUAAUGACAAUGAAAACUUAAUUUAUGUUUUUAUAAGUAAAGUGAAUACAAUUUACCCUAUGGAAUUUAAUCUAUUCACAUGAUUUCUUAAUUAAGUCCAAAACCGGGGAAAUUUUUAUUGUUAAGAGUUAUAUAGAGAGGAGAAAUAUAUUUCAACCGAUGAACACCAUGGAAAAUUUUCAAAUCGUGUGUUUAGUUUUCAUUUUCUUUUUAGGAAUUUAUAUUUGUACUUUUUAUUGCCUUAUACAUUUGUACAUACAUUUACAGAGAGAGAAGGGGGGGGGGGGGUGGAGAGAGAUCACAGGCACCUGAAGUGUGGAUAACUUGUAUAGAUCUUAUGUACAUAUCCACCUUCUAGAAUGAAAUUAUAUUUUAUACAGAACCAAUAAUGUAUCCAAAAUAUAUUAUUUCUUCAACGAUCAUCCUCAUAAGUCGUUCUGAAUAGUAAAAGUGGGUAGGUUUCUAAUAUGGAUAGGUAAGCCAUUCCGUGAUUUGAUUGUAGAAGGCACACACACAAAAAAAAAAUACCAUCAUAGUGUCUCGGUGUAUAUAAUUUUUUAAUCACCAUACGUCACAUAUGUUCAUAAAGAUAUGUUUAUUGACUUGUAGCAGUCAGAUGGGUUCGAUCGCCCCAGUCCAGAUACAUGUAGCUCAAGUUGGUAGAGCACCUGACUAGAGUUUCAUGGGGGCCUAGGUUCAAAUCCCGGUCUGGUCCGUUGCAUUUUCUCCCUUCCUGUUACAUUUGGUGUUGUAGGCCAGCCCCUGGAACUGACAAUUGAAAAUGCCUGCCAGGGGAUAAAGAUCCUGGGUUGAUGUCUUCAAGGUGUGGAGACGUUUAAAAAAAAGGGGGGGGUGUUAGCGGCUAGACGGGGUCGAUCGUCGAUGGCUAGAUAGCUCAGUGGCCAUUUUCACAACCAAAAAAAAGCUUACGACUAAGAUAAAAUUUGUCUCUGCUUUAUUUUCAGUUGAGUGCAACUACGCCGCAAGUAAAUAUGUCCAUUUUAUAACCUAUGUAUAUACUUAGUUGUGCUCAUUCAGAAUUAUAUGAGUGAAGAAUUAUAAAAGAAUUACUUCGUUUUAAAAUUUCCAUCUUAAUCGUAAGAUUUUGGUUUGUGUGUGUGAAAAGGGCUACAGUUAAUCAGGGGACCUGGGUUCAAAUCCCGGUCUGGUGCGUUGCAUUUUCUCCUUGCCUUUUAGACACUAAACUGUAUACAUAUGGAAAUCAAAGAUCAAGAGAUAAGUAUUGCACACACUUGAGACUUUUUACGGUUUGUCGUGAAUAUGUCCAGUAUAUAAGGAAAGGCCCAUAACCAUACCUGCAUGUCUGUACACCAUGUAACGAUCGCCUAAAGUAGUAAAUCAACCCACCCCGCCCCCAACGUCACCCCCGGGCACCACCAACGUCACCCCCCGGGCACCACCAACUCGGGGUUAUGUGCACACGUUUGGUACGUCUUUUUAAAAUUUUCAUGGAACGCCAGUGACAUUUUUUUGUCAAGAAUAUAUGAUUGCCCCAUCUCUUCAGGGAUUAUUUCUACAGACCUGCAAAAGAAUAGAGCAUUUCUGAACAUGAAGAUUUGUAGACUAGAAAGCUAAUCGGUGUCAGAUCUACUUAAUUAUAAAAUGUUUGUCGGCAUUAAUUGUUCUAUAAUAGGUGUCAACUUGGCUGAUUUCAAAUCUGGUGUGAUAAAAAAACAACUUUUUCUAGUGAUAUGACAGCGAAGCAAUUAAAAGAUAGUGGGAGAUAUAUGUCACCGUUUGGUGGCGUCAACCGAGUGAGUUAAGUGAGUACCAUCUGAGGUGUUAAUGACUUGAAUUGUCUACCCUUAAACCAGUUCAGGUUGAGUGACUCUUUAGUAUCGGUCACAUGACUUCGUUAAAUAGACCCGGUAGAGUGAACUGUGUCCCAGAAACUCGCUCACAGCAUUAGAAAUCGGAACGUGGCACGCUUUUUCGUCAACAAUCAAACAGCACUCCCUGAACAGAACAUUAGAGAUUUUCAUGCAAGAUGGACAAAAGCCAAUUUCUGAAAAGUAAGUGUAACAUUCAUUUGAAAUCUAAUUUAAGACUUUAUUAUGUACCAGUAAAAUGUUCUUUUCACAAACUGCAUGCCAGUUUAGAUUGUUUCGGUUUGGAUUGCGAAUCUAAGAGUCUGCAUGUGAUGUAUUGAUAAAGAGAAUAGGUAUAGACCUCAAAUUGAAAGAAAUAUAAAACUAAUAGAUUUUGAAAAGUUAUCAUACGCGAAUUGAACAAGUAAGCGGGGAAACUCUCUGCAGGACAAGUUUUGUAAGUGAACUGAAUUUGCGAGUUGCUUCCCUUACCACGACAACGUGCUUUAUUCUCUCAGUACUUUAGACUUGAAGGAUGAAUAUUAUUAUAAUUUAAUUUCUCAAAUCCUCCUACACAUAAUAUAUUCUAUAAAGAUUAAUUAAUAUAUCCUAAGUCAAAUUAUUUCCAAAGUUUUUCUUCAUAGUAUAGUCUAAAUUUGUCCCAUUGAACAACUGUUUUAAGCUGAGACAUAGCAUGCCUCUGUUGCAAGUCAGAUUUAAACUACACUGGGGGAAUAUUUUGGAAAUAAUUUCCACCCCCUCAACCCCCCUCCCCCACCCCUAGUGUAGUCUAAAUGUGUACAUUUUAACAACUGCCUUUUUAGUAAUUAAGAUGAAGGGUAUUUUUUCCAAUGGUGUGAUUUGCACAACAGAAAAUAUACCAUAUCCCCCCUCUCUCUAUCUCUCCCAGAUGUCGCUAAUCGGAAUAUUAGAGCGGAUAAAAGAUCGUAUUUUAAACUUAGAAUAUUUAAGUAUUGGCUUAAAUUACUACAAUCAAAUAACUGCAUCUUAAAAGCAUGCUUUGAUGAAAGAGUUUCCUGUUUUGAUAGUUGGACUGUAAACAUUCAAAGUACUGGCAAAUCUAGGUUUAUCUUAUCUUUGGAAUGUCUCAAAUGUAAAUAAUAAUACUUACAAGUUAAUUGAACAACGUAUGAUUGAUGUUUACAAACAAACAAUUUUAGAAAAUAUUACAAAUUCACCAAAAGGUUUUUUAUAUCAGCAUUUGAUUGAUAACUUUGGUUUACAGUUUUACUUGACAACCCAUUGACUCUGUGCACAAAUCUUUUAUUACUCGUUUUAGAACUUCAUCGCAUAAACUGAAUGUUGAAGUUGGAAGGCAUAAUAAUAUAGUCAGAGAACGACGGUUAUGUACUGUUUGUGAGCUAAAUGAUGUAGAGGAUGAGUUCCACUUUAUUUUAAAAUGCCCUCCAUAUGAUUAUUUGAGAGAAAAAAUAUGUUAAGAAAUUCUAUUAUACAAAACCCAGUGUUUACAAACUGAUUAAACUACUCGUUGUUAAAAAUACUAAAGAACUGAUUAAUGUUGGAAAAUUUUUACAGUAUGCUACUAAGCUACGAAACUCUCAUAUGGUGUGAUAUCAUUUGUUUAAUCUAAAUUAUACAUAGUUGUAACAUUGUUGUCUACUCACUCUCCAUAAUGCCAUUUUUGUUUGCUUGUAUACAUGUAAUUGUAUUUAUGUAUAUGAUAUCCACUGAGCCUGGGGCUCACGGAAAUAAUGAAUCUGAAUCUAGUUAGAUUGCCUGAUGCUUGGACUGGUUUUACGCAGGUUGAUUUCUGAGUAUACCUGCAACAUGUACUCCACUUUUUAAUUUUUUUGGGGGGGUGGGGGGAUUUACUUAUCACCGUCAAAAUAUUGUACCCUGGAGCAUGAACGAAUCGAAAUCAGACCUUAAAGGAUAUAGCCUAACACAAGUAUUUUCUUUGUUUUCUGAUUUUUCUUUUGGUUAAUUUAUUUUAUUAAUGUUUUACUGAUACCAUACAAAAGGUUUAAACGCAAGUUUUUAUAACUUCAUCAAUUUUCCCCUUAAAAUUAUUACAUUUGAAAAUAGUAUAGAUACAGUGAAAAUGUACAUGUAAUAUUUAUCAUUACUUACUUGAAAUGUCAAUGUUUUCAGAACAGAUGGAUAUUUAAUCAUAUAGAGAUAAUAAGAUAGAUAUAAUUAUAAUCCCUAACUGCUACAAACAUCUGUUUUCAAGUUUGGUUUUGGUUUUUGUAAACCUGUCUUUUUUUACUCUUAUGUUUAUAUGCUUUAUAUACCAGGCGCGGAUCCAGAAUUUUUUCCAGGGGGGGGGGGGGGUCGAACCUUUUCACAAAAUCGAACCCGUGAUGUAACUCAUUUUUCUUAUAAAUCGUUAUAUUGUAAUUUUUUAUCUUUGCAAAUUCCAGGGGGGUCCCCGAUCCCCCCUCUAGAUCCGCGCAUGUAUGCCCUCAACUACUUAGAUUCAAAUACGUGUACAUGUAUGCUACUGGGGAGGGGAGGUGGUAAAUAUAGCUGAUGGAUGUCCAUUUGACAUAUUUUCAAAACCACUGAUAUGUAAACAGAUGUAAAACCCUUGGAUUUUUUUGUUUUUGCAUAAUUGGUAGCGGUAGACAACUUGUUUACAACACUGCGAGAAAGAAAAACAAGUUAUUCCCCUUUGUCUAUGCAUAAAUUCAUAAAUAAUAAAAGCAAGUAAUUUCAUAGAAAUGUUUGACAUUUCAAAAUGAAUGAUAUUACAAAACUACCACUUGGAACAUUUGAAAAUUGAUAUGUUUAUAAAAAUAAAGGAAAAUAAACACGAUGCUCAGAACAGGAAAGCGUGAACUGUUGGGAAAAGGCCAGCAUUUUUAUCCCGUGACUAUGGAGCGAGAGCGGCGUUACCAUUCACCUAUAUCACGCGGAUACUGUUUGUUGAUUUAAAUUCUAUAUUUAGCGUGGGUAGGUACGCAGGUCCAAAGGUAUUUCGUUAUCAUUUUACCUACUCAUCUACCCGUGGGAAAUUAAUGACCGAUCCGUGCGGCACAAUGUACAGACGGAAUUUGAUUUAUGCUGUCAUGAGUAUCAGAUUUUACUUACACAUUAAAUAAAAUUAAAAUAGUAUAUGUCACUCAAUGGAUUUUUAGAAUAGUAAUACUUUAAGAACAUGUAUUUAAAAAAGAAAAGAUAAACUAAAAUUAUAUAAUGUUCAAUGAAAAAUGUCCGAGUCUUAGGUAUUUCAAAAGCUCGAAAUACUAGGGGUUUUUUUUCCCACAACUUUGAAAAUUUGUAAAAAGCGUCGUUUAUUACUCUAUUUCACAUACCACGCUGCUUUGUUUUGGUUUCGAGGUGGGGAAUGAAUCAAUACCAACUGCAAUUGAUCGAAACCGCGCCAAGUCUUUUGAUUGGUUUAGAUUUGUAAACACGCAUACCAUGGAUGCAUUGAAGCGGAGAUAGUGUUGGCUGAGAGCCAAGAUCUACGUUCGUUAGGAUCCAGACAGAAACGCUACGCAAAAAGUAGUUCCACUGUCUGCUUCCAGUUUUAUUUAAAAUAUAACAUUUUUCUUGCUCUAAUAUACAAAGAAAGAUUUUAUUUUGCAUUUUAAACGUAAAUUCAAUCAAUAAUUAAUUUAUUAACGUCUUAUUAUUUUUGGAACGAAGCCAAGUGGGCAGGGACAUCUUAUGCGGAGUAAUCGUGUUCUAAUUCCCGCAAAUUGUUGAUUUGAAACUUCAUAGUACAAACACAGAGGCUUGUGUGCUCAGAUAUUAACAAGCCGUCGAACAGCUCGUACGCACUGGAUUACUAGUACUAUCACAACAUUGUAACCAUGUUUUAGUGUAUAUCAUGUUCAAAAAGAAGGAAAAUUUAACCAUGUUUUCUUGUAAUGGAAAUAUUCCACAGGAAAAAGACGCGAAAGUUAAAGACAAAGAUAGCUUUACCAAAGCUUACAAUGUUGGCCAGACUUUGGGCAGUGGAGGGUUCGGCACGGUCUACGCUGGAACACGGAAACGCGACAACUUACCAGUAGCUAUUAAAUUAAUUGCUCGAGAAAAGGUGAUUGAAUGGGGAACCAUCAAUGGACAUCAAGUUCCCUUGGAAAUAUGUUUACUGAAAAAAGUGUCGACGUGUUCUGGAGUUAUAAAAAUGUUCGAGUUUUAUGAAAUGAAAAACUACUUUGUGAUAGUGAUGGAGAAGCCUGAACAUGUGCAAGACUUAUUUGACUUUAUCACUGAAAAGGGUGCUCUAGAUGAGGAAACUAGCAGAAAGUUUUUCCAUCAAAUAGUGGAAACUCUAAUUGCCAUUCAUAAAAACGGUGUUGUACACAGAGACAUUAAGGAUGAAAACAUUCUCAUUGACUUGAAAACGGGAGAACUCAAAUUAAUUGACUUUGGCUCUGGAGCAUUUUUACGAGACACAGUGUACCUUACUUUUGAUGGAACACGGGUUUACAGUCCGCCUGAGUGGAUCAAGUUUCAUCGCUACCAUGGUCGCUCUGCCACUGUGUGGUCACUGGGUAUUCUGCUAUUUGAUAUGGUUUGUGGGGACAUCCCAUUUGAACAAGACGAGCAGAUCAUGAAAGCUGAAGUAUGCUUCAGAGGAAGACUUUCACAUGAAGUGAAAGACUUGAUAAGAAAAUGUUUGUCCAUCCGUCCGUCUGAUCGCCCAAGUCUAGAGGACAUCCUUAGUCACCCCUGGAUGGCCCCAGCCCAGCUUUCGGUGGACAAGCUCGCAAUUCACACCCCAUCCAACAACAACAUGUCUUCUACUGGCUCUAUGGAUGGAGAAAGUAUGAGCAGCCAAGAGAGCAUAUGAUGUUGGGCUUGGCAUAAACUCUUAGACCCAGAUAGUGUUCAGAAUUAUUUAUUACUGACAGACAUUCUGUGAAUCUGAAACUUCAACGAACCAAUUCAGGUGCCCCAGCACUUGGUAUUCCAAAUCUCAGGGAACUCUCUUGUCAGAUGAAUACUACCCGAAAAAAUCUCCCGGGAAGACUGGAAGGGAAAAAAAUGAAAGAAUUCUUUUUUUCUCUCAAAAGAAAUCUGAUUUAUAAUGAAUGGAAAUUUAUUAUAAAUUACUGGAUGCCAAAGAAAUUCUGGGAAGACUAGUGACUUUUGAAAGACAUUUUUUAUGACCUUAAAGGUGCAAAAUACUUGUCUGUUCAAGAUAUCCUGGAAUAUGCAACAAAUGCUCAAAUAUUGUAUUCAUUUGAAGGAAAGAUGUUUUGUAAGAAUUUGCAAAAACUAUUUAAAGGUGCAAAUUCAAACACUGAAUUUCACCAAACACUGCCAUUCCAAUGCAAGUUAGCUAUGAGAGGGUACUUUGCAUUGCUGAACAAUAUGUCCCUUAGCAUUUUCUAAAAAUGUACAUGUAUAGGCUGGUGCUACGUCAAUCAGUAAUAUUAGCAUACAGUGUUGUAGAAGUAUGCAUAUUUUUACAUGGAAAUUUGACAAGGUGAUCUUGGCCUCGGCUGCAAGGCACCAAUUUAACAAAAAAAAGCAACUAUUUCGACGUUUUUUGGUUUUAUAAACAAACCAAGAGGAAAAUAUAAAAAUUACUUUUGACUGAAUACUCUACCCACAUUAUUCUUCCAAUAGUCAAUCACGUAACAGUAAUCCCUUCAGCCAUUUCUUUUUUUCUCCCGUUGAUGUGCAUCAUUUUCAAUCCAUUGUUCAGAAAUGCAGAUUCUCCAUCAAGUUUAGUUAGACCGCCUACACCUCGUUUUUUGUCGGAAAAUGGUUUCUUCAUUUGUAAAUAGCCAUUUUUAAUUUAUUGUAUAAAUGCGUAAAAGUUUCUUUUAAUUGGGAGUUUUCGUGUAUUACAAAGUAAUGAACGAUAUUUGUGUGAAUGAAUUGCUUAUUGGCGACAUGAAAUGUCACGAGUGUUUGACUGCAUAAAAGUUAAUUUAUUUGAUGGUCAAUCAACCUUAUGUGUGUCCAUUUAAUAUCUCCAUCAUUUGUUGUACAUAACUUAUUUUUUUAUGAAUGAUAAAUGGAAAAAAAUCCUUGUUUUAAAAAUGAUAAAAUAAAAUUUUAAAAAAUAC